AUGCUGUCGUCACUCACUGCGGCCCUACACGGGCUGAGCGUCGGCACUGCUGCUUCAGCUGGUCCAUCUUCCAUCGCCUCAGCUUCUCGAAAGUUGAUCCCUUCCAUUCGAUCGCUCCACAUCGCCUCAUCUUCCCGUCCAUCUGUUCGCAACGCCAUCAAAGCUCCCACGUGCUUCUCAAUGCAGAUUGGAGGCGUUCGACACAAAGGCAACCUUGCUCCGCGUCGAACAAAGUAUCGCAAGGCACACAAGAUCACCAUUCCUUUCAACACUGGGGGAUCGACGAAAGGUACAACCGUCCAAGAAGGCGCAUACGGAAUCCGACUUUUGGCGCCUGCCCGUCUGUCAGCGAAACAGCUCGUGGCUGCCGAGACCGCUCUGAAACGAAAAUUGAAGGUAGUCAAGGGAGCACAGGUGUUUUUGCGAGUGUUUCCAGAUAUUCCCGUCUGCAUCAAGGGAAACGAAACCCGUAUGGGCAAAGGUAAAGGAACAUUUGAGUACUGGGCUUGCAGGGCCAACAUGGGUAAAGUCAUCUUUGAGAUUGGUGGGCCUGUCGAAAUUCGACCCGAAGUGGCCAAGGAAGCACUCCGCCUGGCUUCCGCUAAGUUGCCUGUUCCAACCGAGUUUGUGACAACCGCUUCGAAGCCCAGGAUCGGCAACAAGGUCGUCGAGGAUGCUGUUACGACCAGCUCUGCUGUAGCCGCAGCUGCACCGUAA